AUGGCUAAGAGUGACUCGGUCUACAGUGAGGAGCAUGAUAUGGUCAACAGAAGUGAUGAUCAGCAAACAAAGAAAGAGAUCAAGUCCUUGCAAGAGAAGAUGGACUUGCUUCUGUCCAACCAAGCUAAGAAAGAGCAGAUGAACUUUGUGGGUGGUCCUAUUCAAGAGGGUCCUCCCAAAAUCAAUGAGGUUGAUGGUUUGGAAGGCCAAGAAGAGCUGUGCUUCAUCAACAACAAUGGUUCUUGGUACAUGAAAGAACCUAACUUUCAGUACAACAACUACCAGCAAAGGUCCUACUCUAACAACCGGCAAGGAGGAUACCAGCAGAAGCAAAACACUCAGCAGAGGAGCUAUCAGCCUAGGCAAAACACCCCUCCUGGUUUCAACAAUAACAACAAUCAGUCUACUCAGGUUCAAGGAAGUUAUUCCCAAGCUCCAGCUUCAUAUACAAGUGUGGAUGCAAUGUUCAAGAAACUUUUGGAUUUUCAGGCAAAGAAUGAGAAGACAAUGGGUUAUGAGUUAAAGAACAUUCACUCCAAGAUUGAUGGAAGCUACAAUGAGCUCAACAACAAGAUCCGACAUUUGGUUGGUGAACCAGUUGGAGAAGAGAAGAGGACAGUGAAACAUGGUGAAACUGCUAUUCCAACAAAGAAAUCCUCUUUUAUUCCUCCUCCCUAUGAGCCAAAGCUACCAUUCCCUGGGAGAUUCAAAAGACAGCUAUUGGAGAAGUACAAGGCACUCUUUGAGAAACAAAUGAGUGAAAUUCAGGUCACAAUGCCCAUCAUUGAUGCUUUUAUGUUGGUCCCUCAGUACAACAAAUUCUUGAAAGAUGUUGUAGCUACAAAGAAGAAAGAGAUGGAGGGCAUGAUGAUCCUUACCCACGAGUGCAAUGCCAUUAUCCAGAGGUUAGAUGUUCCAAGGAAGCUAGUGGACCCAUGA